AUAGACCUGCAAGUCAGAGCACAUAUAUUUUGGCUUCUUCAUCUUUCUUGUUCUCUAUUCAUUUGCAAGUGGGGAUAUUUUGGGAAAUAUUGGGCUUCUGCACCUCUAAUGCAAUGAUUGUGUGGAGUUAAAAUCUGGGUUGUGCUAUUCUUGGUGAAAAAUCUCAUCUUUUGGGUAAAAGAUUUGCUGAGGUUUUCUUGAAAUUGAAGAACAUCAAAGAUGCCUACCCUUCUUGAUUAUAGUGGUGAUGUUGAAUUCUACAAUGGAAGUCCAUUACGCGCUGCAGAUUCUGGUGGCAUUAUGCUAUCUCUAGGUUGUGUGGAUGUUUACUGCCCGCCAAGAAAACGGGCAAGAGUUACCUGCCCGUAUCUUGUUGUUCAAGAGGAGAACACUAAAUCAUCCAUUGAGGUUCUUCCAGAUGAAUGUUUGUUUGAGAUCUUUAGCCGUCUCUCCGGUCCCCGGGAAAGGAGUGUCUCCUCCCUUGUUUCCAAGCGCUGGCUGACAAUCUUAAGUAGUGUUUGUCAUACCAAAGAUCUGAAAGGCGAGUGUGCAGGGUACCUUACUAGGUCACUGGAAGGGAAGAAAGCUUCCGAUAUUAGAUUGCAAGCCAUUUCCGUCGGCACUUCAAGCCGUGGUGGACUUGGCAAGCUUUAUAUCAGAGGGAGCCAUGGAGUUACUAAUGUAGGUUUAUUAGCAAUCGCCCGUGCUUGCCCUUCCCUCAAGGUUCUAUCCCUAUGGAAUGUCUCUUCUGUAAGUGACGAAGGCCUUUAUGUGAUUGCUAAGGGAUGUCAUUCAUUGGAGAAGCUUGAUUUAUCUCACUGUACUUCGAUUUCCAACAAAGGUCUCCUUUCAAUUGCUGAGAAUUGCCCUAAUUUAACAUCUUUAACAGUUGAAUCAUGCCCUUGUGUUGGGAACGAGGGAAUUAGGGCUAUUGGAAGGCGCUGCCCUGAGUUACGAUCGCUUACCGUUAAGGACUGCCUGGUAAUUUCAGACGAGGGCAUUGCUGGUCUUUUAUCAUCUGCUUCCUCGGUCACGAAGGUUAAACUUCACGGUCUGAGCAUAACAGAUUUCUCGCUUGCUGUUAUCGGACAUUACGGGAACGAAAUUACCCGUCUUGACCUUGGGGAGCUUCAUAACGUGACCCAAAAGGGGUUUUGGGUAAUGGGUAAUGCCCAUGGUCUGCAGAAGUUGACCUCAUUGACCAUUUCUUCAUGCCGGGGGAUAACAGACUUGAGUCUUGAAGAAUUAGGAAAGGGCUGUUUGAAUCUAAAGCAUAUUUGUCUUCGCAAGUGUUUAUUCGUGUCGGAUUUCGGGUUAUCAGCGUUCACAAAAGCAAAAGAAUUGCUUGAAAUCCUGAAGCUGGAGGAGUGUAAUCGGGUCACCCGAACCGGUUUGCUCAAUGCGGUUUCCAAUUGCAGAAAACUUAAAUCAAUAUCAGUUACUAAGUGUUAUGGUGUGAACAGUCUUGAUUCACAAAUCCCGUUUAUGUCGUCUUGUGGGUCUCUUAGAUCUCUGGAUCUUGACGGACUCAGCGGGAUUACGGAUUUGGGUCUUAUCCCGCUCAUCAAGAGCUGUGAGGCGGGACUGGUGAAAGUGAAUCUGAGUAACUGCCCAAACUUGACGGAUGAAGUGGUGGUGGUGCUUGCCCAGCUCCAUGGGCGGACUCUUGAGGUUCUGAAUCUCGACGGCUGCCCGAAGAUUACUGAUACGAGUUUGACGGCACUUGCUGAAAACUGUGUGCUGCUUAAUGAUCUUGAUGUUUCCAGGUGCUCAGUAACUGAUUCGGGUGUUGCUGCUUUGGCACAUGGUGUGCAGAGGAACCUGCAGAUUCUUUCCUUGUCGUGUUGCGGAAUGGUCACCGAGAAGAGUCUUCCUUGUUUAGAAAAUUUGGGGAAGAGUCUGCUGGGGUUGAAUCUCCAGAACUGCAACUCCAUGGGUAGCAGUGCGAUUCAACUCCUAGUUGAGAACCUGUGGCGGUGCGAUAUACUCUCCUGAAAUGGCGUGUGGUUUCGAGAUUGACCGUGGUUAGAAGCAUCCUAACAUACAUCCUUGAACUCGGAGGAUAGAAUAUCACAUAUUUAUAAUUUCACGUCUUUGGUGGCUUAGCUGAUUUGGAGAAGGCUGAGGCGUUUUUUCGCCAUUUUUUGCAGGCUUUGUUCAAAAGCCUGUUCAGUCCAACCCGAAAAUGAAGCCCGGCAGUCCCAACGCAAAGGCAUUUCGUUCAUAUGUCAUUUGAAGGUCAAAGAGUUCUGAAUCAAUGGCGGUGCUUCAAUAUUCUUUAUCCACGUAUGGUAACGAAUCUGGGGCCAGUGUACGUCUUGAUCUCUGUGGUCUGUGUACGUCGAGCUCCGAGCAUGGCGAUCGGUUCAUUUUGGCUGUUUGUGUUUCUAUGUUUUGGAGUCUUGGUGUAUAUGGAAUUUAAUUGAUCAUGUUUUCUCUAGCGCCUUUGUUUGUCAACUACACUAGUAGUGUAUUAGAGUGGAUGUAUAUCUGUCUGUACCAUAGUACAUUGACUACAUUCAAACGAUAAAAUGGAUAUUUCUCAAAUUAUAUACUCGAAUUACUGAGUGUACUCAAACCACAGUACAUUAUCUAAAAAUAUACUUAAAUUAUUUUAAUUUAAUAAAUUUAUGAGAAAA